AUGGACUUAGGACCCUUGAACAUCUGUGAAGAAAUGACUAUUCUGCAUGGGGGGUUCUUGCUGGCUGAGCAGCUGUUCCGCCCCAAAGUACUUGCAGAACUGACCAAGUCCGACUGGGACCGUGUUGGGCAGCCCAUUGUGGAGGCCUUGAAGGAGAUCUCCGGCUCUCAGCCCAUUGCAUGGAAAAAGAAAGCGCUCAUCAUCAUCUGGGCCAAGGUUCUUCAGCCCUGCCCUGCCACCCCUUCUGACCUAGAGACCUGGUGGAAGGAAGAUGUCUUCUUCUCGGUUGGCAACAUGCUCCCCACCAUCAAUCACACAGUCCUUUUUGAGGUCUUCAAGUCCCUCGAAGCUUCUGGGCUUUUCAUCCAGCUGCUGAUGGCCCUGCCCACCACCAUCUGCAGAGGAGAACUGGAGCGCUUUCUGGAGCACAUGACUGCUGACACUUCUUCCAAGGAUGUGGCCUUUUUCCUUGACAUCUGGUGGGAAAUUAUGAAACACAAAGGCAACCAGCAGGACCCCCUCCUCUCCCAGUUUAGGACAAUGGCCCUUAGGUACUUGCCCUCCUCAGAUGAGUUCUGCCACCCUCCGAAGAGGUUUAAGUCAGAUCCAGACGUGUACCCUACCAUGCCCUUGUUGACCAUGCUGCUCAACGGACUGAAGCAAAUCCAGAGUAAAAUCGUGUGUCCUGGCAUGAAGUGUUAUGCAUUAGCGAAUCUGGCUGACAUGCUCACAGUGUUUGCAUUGGUGGAGGAGGACCCUCAGGAGCUGUCUGUCACUCUGUAUCUGGACAAACUGGCUACUGUCAUCUCCGUGUGGAAUUCAGACACCCAGAACCCAUAUCACCAACAGGAGCUGACGGAGAAAGUGAAGGAAGCAGAGCGGGACGUCAGCCUGAACUCCCUGGCCAGGCUCCCAACCCAGACACUCUUCCUUGGGUUCGAGUACAUGCACCUCCUGUUGCGGGAGUGGGGGGAGGAGCUGCAGGUCAUGCUCAACAGCAGCCAGGGGACAAAUUAUGACAGCUACCGGCUGUAUGACAGUCUGACUUCCUUCAGCCACAACUUGAAGCUCUAUCUGGAAACUACCACCUUGUCUAAAGAAGAGAGGCAGAUGGUCUUGGAGUUGGCAGAGCAUGUCAAGGACUUCCUGAGGCAAACUAGCAAAACGCUGAAGAGCAGGAGCUUGGGGAAGGACAUCACCGCCUCCAUUGCCAUGGCCAUUAUUGAGCAGAAGAUGGACCGGCACAUGGAAAUGUGCUACGUGUUUGCCUCCGAGAAGAAGUGGGCCUUCUCAGACGAGUGGCUCACCUGUCUGGUCAACAACAGGGCUCUCUUCCGAGAGCCAGGUUUGGUGUUGAAGCUUCUGGAAACAGUGCUGGAUGUCAGCUCCUCUGACAGAGCUGUCCCUGAGUUGCAGAUCAAACAAGUGGUGGACUUGAUCCUGGAAUGCUAUGCCGACCUCUCCCUGCCAGAUAAAAAUAAAGUCCUCUCUGGGGUCCUGCAUUCCUGUGGGCGGAAGGGACUCUCUGAGAAGUUGCUGGCUUAUUUGGAGGGUUUUCAGGAAGACCUUAAUACCACUUUUAACCAACUCACACAGAGCACCUCUGACCAGGGUUUGGCUAAAGCAGUAGCUUCGGUGGCCCGCCUGGUGCUCCUGUACCCAGAACUGACAGUAAAGAAAAUGUGCAGCAUGGCCAUUGUCAACGUGGGCACUCACAAGUUCCUGGCUCAGAUUCUCAGCGCCUUCCCGGCCCUCAGGUUCAUGGAAGGGCAGGGUCCAGACCCAACCCACACAUUUGUGGUGUCAUGCCUUAAAGAGACAGUCUGGGGUAAGAUUGCCACUCCCAAGGAAGAAAAGCAGUUUUUGGAGUUCCUGAGCUGCCUGAUGAAGCCUGUGAAGCCCCAUGGGAUACCCGUGGCUGCGCUGCUUGAGCCAGAUGAGGUGCUAAAGGAGUUUGUUCUGCCUUUCUUGACGCUUGACACUCAGCAGGUUGACCUCAGCCUGAAGAUCUUCAUCCACACACUAGAAGCCAACUCGUGCUUGGAGGAAUACUGGCUCCAGACCUGCUCCCCGUUCCCCCUCAUUUUUAGCUUGUGCCAGCUUCUGAAUUGCUACAGCAAAUACUGGCAGCUCCCCAAGGACAAGCGGUGCCUCACUCUGGACGGGAAGGAUGUAGCGAUCCACAUCCUGACGGUCCUCUGUGAGAUCGUGUCUGCGAACGCAGAGACCUUCUCCCCCGAUACCUGGGCCAAGUCGCUCUCCUGGCUCCACCGGAAGCUGGAGCAGCUCGACUGGACUGUGCACCUGCGACUGAAGAAUUUCUUUGAGGGACACUUCAAGUGUGAGGUGCCAGCCACUCUCUUUGAGAUCUGUAAGCUUUCUGAGAGUGAGUGGACCUCGCAGGCCCACCCUGGCUAUGGGCCAGGCACAGGGCUUUUGGCCUGGAUGGAGUGCUGCUGCAUCUCCAGCAGCCUCUGUGAGCAGAUGCUCUCUCUGCUGGUGGUAGACGUAGGCAAACCAGAGGAGGUCAGGCUGUUCAGCAAGGGCUUUCUGGUGGCCCUCGUGCAAAUCAUGCCGUGGUGCAGCUCCCAGGAGUGGCAGUACCUUCACCAGCUGACCAAGAGACUGUUGGAGAAACAGCUCCUCCACGUCCCAUACAGCCUGGAAUACAUUCAGUUUGUGCCCCUGCUCAACCUCAAGCCCUUUGCCCAGCAGCUCCAACUGUCUGUCCUCUUCCUGAGGGUUUUCCAGUUCCUCUGCAGCCAGAGUUGUCGUAACUGGCUUCCUCUCGACGGCUGGAGCCACGUGGUCAAGCUUCUUUGUAGCAGUCUAACCAACCUCCUGGACUCCAUUCGGUUGAUACAGUCAGUGGGUCCUUGGGCCCAAGGACAAGAACAGGACCUGACCCAGGAAGCCUUGUUUGUUUACACGCAGGUCUUCUGCCACACCCUGCACGUCAUGGCCAUGAUCCCCCAGGAGGUAUGCGAACCACUCUAUGUACUGGCCUUGGAGAUCCUCACUUGCUAUGAAACACUCAGCAAGGCCAACCCUUCCGUCAGUUCCUUGCUGCAGAAGGUGAAUGAGCAACGCUUCUUAAAGUCCAUCGCCGAGAACAUUAGCCCAGAGGAGCGACGCCACACACUGCUGCAGAAGAUCAGCAACUUCUGA